AUGGAACCAUUUUUAACAUUGUUUUACACGAUGGGUGUUAGCACGAUGUUUUUCGAUAUGUGGAACGAUAAUUUCGAUAUAAUCGGAAAUCUUCCACUCGAAAUUGCAUCCAUGAUAUUAAGAAAAUUAGAUCCGAAAACAUUACUAACGGCUUGCAAAGUAAGCAACAAAUGGUUGAAAAUAAUAAAAUCGGAUUGCGUUUUAAGAAAAACAAUCCGUGAGGAAAUACUAAGACAAAGAAGAGAAAAAUGGGCGAAAGAAAUGUUUCUUUCCAAGUACAUAAAUCAUCACGCUGGUGUUUUAAAUCAGCCGAAAUCAUCUACAACGGAAAAUAGACCGUAUCCCGAUUUGAGUAAAAAAUCGGGGAGUAGAAGAUUCGAGAAAUCUAUAAAAACCGUCGAACAACAAGUACCAAAAAAUAAAAAAAUGAAAAAAACGUGGGUAUCCACUGUAUCGACGGGAAAAAUACGAAAUUUUCGUUAA